AUGCCCUUCCAAUAUCCUCUAAACAAUCCGUCGCUUUCUCCCGAAAGACCACUCGAGAACAGUUAUUGGCGCGCAAAUCGGAGUCCUGGACCUAAGCUAGGUGGUUACGGACUCGCGCGGUCCAGUGAAGUUCACAACAACGUGAACACGUUCUUUGGCGAAGGUCGUACCCUUCCCAUGUACAAAGACAAACCCUACUUUGCGCCUCAGCGCACGAGCCCAAGAGUCAGACAACGAAGAGUCCUCUACGGGGGGCUUUGUCUAUUCUUUCUAGUUUCGUUGUGGUAUUAUAUCUCUGCGAGGGGCAAGUCGGAAUUCAAGACAUACAACUCAGAAAAGGGCGAGGAGCUCUGGGCUUGGGUGCAGAGCUUGGAGAAAGAACCAGUCUACAAUGGCGAAGAACUGAAGGGUAUCGACUGGACAGUCAGGCGUGAGAAAGUCAGGGAUGCAUUUAUCGUGAGUUGGGAUGACUACGCAAAGAAUGCAUGGGGAUUGGACCAAUAUCGCCCAGUUGCUAAAGACGGCAAAAACAUGGUCGAGGGCGGAUUGGGCUGGAUAAUCGUUGAUGCGCUUGACACGAUGAUAAUGAUGAACCUCACAUCACGGGUUCAGGAUGCUCGCAGUUGGAUUCACCAUUCGCUGCAAUAUAACCAGGAUCAUGAUGUCAGCACGUUUGAAACCACCAUCCGAAUGUUAGGAGGCCUAUUAUCGGCACAUUAUCUUUCCACCGCCAACCCAACUCUAGCGCCAGCCUCGGGUGACGAAGACUUAUACAUAGAGAAGGCGACCGACCUUGCAGAGCGGCUAGCAGGAGCGUUUGAUUCAAAAUCUGGGGUACCAUACGCAAGCGUUAACCUCAGAAAGGCGGAGGGAAUACCAGCGCAUUCAGACAAUGGUGCUACUUCCACGGCUGAAGCGACGACCGUGCAGCUGGAGUUCAAAUAUUUGUCCAAAUUAACUGGAGAAGCAGAAUAUUGGCGGAUGGCGGAGAAGGUAAUGGAAGUGGUGGAUAAUUCGACAAUGGAAGAUGGCUUGCUUCCCAUUUAUAUCUACCCAGACAGCGGCAAGUUCAGAGGGAACAACAUCCGGCUCGGCAGUAGAGGCGAUUCCUACUAUGAAUAUCUCAUUAAACAGUACCUCCAGACAUCGGAGCAAGAGCCGGUUUACAAGGAGAUGUGGGAUGAAGCGCUGAUGGGUAUCCGCAAACACCUGAUUGCAUAUACGAAGCGUGCCCAGUUGACAAUUUUGGGAGAAAGGCCCUCGGGCCUUGAUGGGAAGUUGGUGCCCAAAAUGGAUCAUCUAGUCUGCUUCUUACCCGGAACCAUCGCGUUGGGCGCAACAGGAGGAGUCCCACUAUCCCAAGCCAAGAAGUCACCCAACUGGAGUCAACAGCUUGACGAGGAGAUCCUACUAGCUAAAGAGCUAAUGAAGACGUGCUGGGCGACCUACCUCGCUACAAAGACCGGUCUCGCCGCCGAAAUCACCUACUUCAAGCUGGACAACCCCCCAGUCAUGAUGAAAGACGUAUACCCGGAGUCCACCCUCUUCACUGGCAAUCGAAAAUCUCAACUAGAAGAUCUUCCCCUGAAGUCCAAGCCGCUCUACCCAUUGGACGACGAAACAUUAAACUGGGUAAAAGACCUUGACAUCCACAUGCAAGACCGACAUAACCUCCAACGUCCCGAAGCCCUUGAAUCCCUCUUCUACAUGUACCGAAUUACUGGAGACGAAACCUACCGCCACUGGGGCUGGGAGAUGUUUAAAUCUUUCAUGCGACACACGGCUCUCGUCGUGCACGGCGAUCGCCACUCAGGAUCUAAUUCCGAUAAGCCAGCCGAACAAGGUUUGUCGCGUAUCAUCAGCUUCACCUCCCUAAACAACGUCAAUACCAUCCCACCCAUUCGCAGAGACAAUAUGGAGAGCUUUUGGAUGGCAGAAACACUCAAAUAUUUCUAUUUGCUCUUCUCAGACCGCGAUUUCAUCCCACUUGAGGAGAACGUAUUCAACACUGAAGCGCACCCGUUCCCUAAAUUCCAGCUGGGAGGAGACCUAAAGACAGGUUGGAAGCGUAAGAGCCGCGAGCCUGAACCGCUGCCAGGAUCAGCACCGCAGUCAUAGCCGCCAGCUCGAUAAUUGAGAUGCAAGGGUCAUAAUCUUUCGAUGUAUUUAUUUGGGUACUAUUUGGGAUGAUCUUUUGGUUUAUGUACUUUAGCGACGGGUUGGUAUCUUACAUAUCUCAAGCAUGGUCUGAUCCACGUCUUUGGUCAACUUCUAUACUCUUUGUAGAU